CUGUACUCAAACUAUGUAACAAUGAUUAUCCUUAAGCAAAAUAAACUAGAAGAAAGUGAUUUAUUAAAGAUAGAAACAAUUAUGCAAAAGAUAUCAGAUGAUCCAUAUGCUUAUACACUUGGUCACUCGCUUUUGGAUAAGCCAAGAAAUGAGGUCUAUGGCUUUAUUGCUGGUUUAGUAAAACGUAUGAACAUCUGUCAAACCUUGGGUAUCACAAUAUCAAACUUUUUGGACUUUUUAAUUGACGUCGAAAGAAGAUAUUUGAAUAACCCUUACCAUUCAUUCUAUCACGCAGUUGACAUGGUCAUGGUACUAUAUCACUUUUUUGAGUGCUAUGAUAUGUCUGAAUAUCUGACAAGGAUUGAUGUUGCCAUGAUGAUCGUUGCUGCUCUAUGUCAUGAUGUGGGUCAUACUGGAAAGAAUAACCAAUUUGAAGUAUCUUGCAAGUCAAAGCUAGCUGAAGAAUUCAAUAAUCUUUCUGUAUUAGAAAGCUAUUCAUGCAAACUUGCUUUGGAGUUACUCGAUAAGCAUGAUCUAAUAAGAAAUAUUGAAACAACAAGCAAACAUUACGGCAGCCCGCUGACUAGACAUGAAUUCAAACAAUCAAUCAUAAAAAUGAUCUUGGCAACAGACAUGACACAUCACUUUGAUCUGCUCCACAACAUCUCUGUUCUACACAACGUCGUAUCAAAGAAUGCUCUUCAAAAUAAGAUGAAACCAUUGUUUUCUAAGCAAGAAGACGCUUUUUUCUAUUUUGAAAAGAAUCAUUUCCACAGCAAAGAAACGGAGACAAUAACUGUCAAAUCGGUUGUAGAAGAAGAUACGGAGACAAUAACAGUUGAAUCAGCUGUAGAAGAAGAAGAUACAGAUCAUCCACAUGGACUCUCUUCUCUUGGAAAAUCAUCCUCCAGGCUAACCCAAGAAGAACGACUUAUGCUCUGUAAUAUCAUAAUACAUGCAGCUGAUGUCAGUAGCCCAUGUAGACCUUGGGAGCUUUUCCAUAAACUUGCUCGUCUGCUAUACGUAGAGUUUUCUGAGCAAGCAGAAACUGAACAAAAGUUAGGAUUGCCACAGCACAUGAACCCCCUACAGGACAACUUACAGACAACCAAUAUGCGUUUCAUCGACUUUGUUUACCCUUACUUUGAAAAUUUGUCAGUCUUGUUCCCAAAGUCUUUUGAACUACUUGACGUUUGCUCCAAAAAUCGUGAAGAAUGGUCCAAAUUAUCUUCGGAACCAACAGAUUUAGAAUCAAAAGUAUCCAUUAAGGUAUCCAUGGAAGACCACCCUGCUCAUACUCCCUUUGCUGAAAGUGGCAUACACACUUCAGAGUCAACCGAAAAAGACGUGGAGAGAAGAUCAUCAUCUCCGGCUGUUUCUUCUUGGCAGAUAACUUCAACUCACAAACGGAAAGGGGAAGAGUUAAGCUCAGCUCAUAUAAAAGUUAUGAGAAGCAAUAGUGAUAGCCCAAGUAGAUAUGUCGAUUUUCUUAUUUAGAUCUUUAAAACGAUUGUGUGUAUAUUUACUUGUAUAUAUUUUGUUAAAAAACUCAAAAAUUGUAUAAAGAACUUGAGCUACUUUAGAAUUAUUUAGUAAUACUAUUAUUGUUACUUUGGCUUGUCAGGCUUAUUUUGUAAGAUAUUGGUAU